UAGUCCGUUCAUUGAACCAGAAUCAGCUGACUUAAGCGCGCUUUACGUGUGUUUCCAUUCAAUGAUGGGGAGUUCUUUUAGACCAGUGGACUAUUUGUCGCAUAAUAUUCACCAUGUUUCUUCUCAACACGAUAAUAUGCAGAACACGCUUGGUAAACAUAGACGGAUGCAUUCAGAGGGGUCUGCCUGUAUCACCUCAUCUUCCUGUGAUCCUCUGAUCUCAAAUCAAACAGAUUCAGAUUGGAUGCCACAGUCUGCUGUCAGGAGGCGAAAGUUGCCGAAGUUUUGCCUGCCCAGCGAUUCUUCAAACCAUAUGGCCACCAACGCAUAUACACCACAACCGUCUUGGGAUCUAAAUUCGUCUGUUACAGACUUGCAGUCACUAACUGUUCCUAAAACGAAUCACUCUCCCUUGUGCGCACAUCGUCGAUCUGCUAGUUAUGGUGGAGAUUACUUUACGUUCGCAGCUCAUGAGAUUGGAGAGGCUGCUAGUAGGGCUGUAGAACAAGCAGAAGAGUUGGUUAUUCACCUUUGGAAAAAAGGGUGGAGAGUAGUUCAUCACCAUAGCUUACCACACUGGUUAAAAGACAACGAUUAUCUCCUCCGGGGUCACCGUCCGCAACUCCCAUCAUUUCGUGAAUGCUUCCGUUCUAUCUUCCGACUUCAUACGGAAACAGGAAAUAUUUGGACACAUCUCAUUGGUUUCGUUUGUUUCCUGGUCUUGAGUAUCUCAUUUCUAGUUCAUCCGGGUUUAAAUAUACAUUGGCAAGAGAAAAUGGUUGUUCAGGUAUUUUUUACAAGCGCCAUCCUUGCACUUGGUUUUUCAUGGUUGUUUCACACAGUUUAUUGCCAUUCAGAGCGUGUUGGUAAAUUAUUCAACAAAUUGGACUAUGUUGGAAUAUCAUUACUUGUUAUCGGGUCAUUUAUCCCAUGGAUCCAUUAUUCUUUCUAUUGUUAUAAUUCAUUCAAACUUGUUUAUAUUUUGGCUGUGCUGAUACUUGGUGGAUUUUGCGCUUUUGUAUGCACGCAAGAUUAUUUUCUUAGCCCAACGUAUCGUGCAGCUAGAGCACGUAAGUUAUAUGUGCAUACCGUAUCCGCGAUUUAAUUGUAUAAUAGUUAAAAUAUCAAGUACUGAUUGGUUUCAAGCCACUGGAGAAGACUGACAAAACAUAUGUGGCAGUAUUUUGUCACUUUUCUCCGGUGACUUGAAACUGUUAAUCGAUUCUCGGUUAAAUUGUGUGUUACAUUUUACUCUGUUUGUCCCAAUCGAAAUCGAAGGUAAAUAUGUUAUAACGUUAUUAGUCAAUGUUUGCAAUAGAAACUGGAGAAGAGAACAGUUUAAUUCAAAGAGAUCACUUUCUUUCGUCUCAAACUGUUUCCAAUUAAUUGGUUUAUGAGCUAUCUCAGAGUAACGAUAUUCAUCCUAGAAAGGCCUGACAAAAUAUGAUUGGUGCCAGGAAUAUUUAAUUGUUUAAUAAUCAAGGGAAAAUAAUGCUAGUGGACUGUAAAUAUUUGUGACUAAAUUAAAAGGCAUCUGAAUUCAACAAUCAUCAUAAGAAAUUAGAACAAUUGAUGGGAGACUUAAAGAAGUAGGCUAACUUUCGAAUAAACUUCCAAUUAAAAACUUGAUCGUAGAAUCGAUUUUGGCUUUAUAGUCUUCAACGAGAUCGAAGAAGUCGCUUAACAGAGUCCAAGACUUAGAAUUGAGUUUAAUUAACCUAUUUAUGUCUAUUCGUAAAGAUUUUUCCUGAUUAAUAAUUGAUUGAUGGUUUGUAUUUGUAAAUCGGAUUAUGUCCUAUUCUAUUGGUUUCAGUAUUUGAUUAGAUCAGUUCAUGAUAAAGGAAGUUCUCUUAAGUUCACUAGAAAUGAAUUAAUCAGAUUUACUAUUAUUUCUAUGUAACUUUACUUCAAUACAUUGGUAAAGAGCACAAAUAUAGCUGCAUCUUUGACAGAUUACAAAACAUUCUAUGAAGUCAUAUCUAUGAAAUUCUUUAGUUUAUUCAAUACUCGACUCUUACACACCAUGUGCAAUGAUUUUGAUAUUUUAACAGCGAGUAAUAUGUCUACAUACUUUAGUUAACUAAAUAUUGGUUGUCGACGAUAUCUAGGAAGUUCGAGAUAGAUACGUUUUAACAUCUUACUGUUCAUAGACAAUUCCGGGAUAAAGUGUUUAUUUCUAGAGUAUAUACGUUUUGUUGUGUAGAAUGUUAGUUGCACGGAUUGGUCAUUUACACAUGGCCAUACCAGAUUAUUUUAUAUUCAAAUUUUACUGUUUAAACGUUCAAAAGUAUUUUAACCAACUCUGUGUACCUCUAAAAUUCUAUUUAUUCACUUUAACCUUAAAUCACUUCUGUUCGCACUCUUGUUUUUUGUCAGUAAGGCUGCGUAACUAUGAUAAUCGUCACUUUGUAAUUAUACAUCACGGAAAAUUAGGUUAUGAUUACCAUGCGUUUAUUUUGUUCAAUAUUGAUACUUUGUUUGUUUGGUUGACUUACUGAUCGUUGUAAAUUUCAGUUUUGUUUAUUGCUCUUGGUCUAUCGGGAGUGGUUCCUUGUGUACAUUAUAUUCUAAUUGAAGAUCUUCAGGAGGGUGUUCAUUAUUCUGCGCUUGGAUGGCUUAUUCUAAUGGCUGUACUAUAUAUAUCGGGAGCUACGAUUUAUGCACUACGUAUACCUGAGCGUCUUUAUCCUGGUAAAUUUGAUAUUUGGGUAAGUUAUUUCAUUCUGGUUUGUCGAAUACAUUCUUGUUCAAAGUAAACUAUUUCAAAAAAUAUUAUUAACUCAAUUCAUCCAUAAAUAAAAACCUUUACACUUGGCUUUUAAUCGACAUUGUACGUUUAUAGUCCGAUCAUAUUAUUCACAUUUAGCCUUCCACUGGUUUAAUUAUUAAGUAUUUAGGUUACUUUUAAUUGUUUAUUUCAUUUGAGUUUUUAGAAAACGUUAAUAUUAGGGAACUAAAGGUCCGGAUUAAGACAUGUUUUCGUACCAAUAAGAAGCUAGUGGAAAGAAAAUAUAAGGGACUCAUUCUAUGUAUUAUAAGUUUCCGAUUAAUGCAAAUAACUCCAACGUAUUCUGUUCCACGCAGUUAGAUAUAGAUUACGUUGUUAGUGUUUCCUCAAUAACUGCGAUCGGUGGUUGGAAAUUUUAGUUAAUAUGACUCAAAAUCGUUUAAAAUUGAGCAGAUACAUUCGUUAUUUAUCUUCCUCUCGAUUGUGAAUCCUAAUAUCCCUCCUCAUAUGCGUCUCUACUCUGUUUUUCCGGAUCAUGUUCCUAAUGUUUGAUCUUCCUGAUUAUCAUUGCUACUAUAUUAUAUUGAUCUCUUUUGCUAUUCAUCAUCUUAAUUUCAUCGCAUGUUGAUGUGUGAUAUGAUAACUUGGGCGAUCUCAUAUCUGUUAGACUCUGUGUCGAUGAUUGACUGGUUAUUGAUUUGGAGUUCUGUAGCUAGAUCCUAACUCACAGUUUACAUAAACUUCGUCACAGCACUUUUUAAAGUUGUGUAUUGAUUUCUUGAUAAUUUAAUGAUACAAGUUCAAAAGUACAUUAAAACAUUUUAUGAAGCACAAUCGAUAGACCUGUUGUUCUUGUAAGUAAUAUGUUGAUUUAAAAUAAAAUUCCAUAGAAUCUAACAUAUUAACACCGUUUUGAGUCAAUUGCCAAUGUUUAUAUCAAAUAAAUUCAUUUCACCACUCACCAUUUUAAAUUUUGGUAAGCGAAUAACAGCAGUUGUGGUGGAACAAUAUAAGUACAUAUGGAGCGGCAGCAUAAUGGUUACGAAGCUUGGCUUGUAGCCAUUAUGUCUCGAAUUCGAACAUCAGUCGACCUAAUUCUGUUUGAACAAUUGAGUAGUAUCAUUAACCCUCAAAUCUAGAGUGUGGGUCAUAACUGAGUACCCGGUGAAAUUAAUUGUGAGUUCAUUUGAUAUCUAGGUUCUUUUAAUGUUGUUACAAACUAAAAUAAGUUUUAAUUAUUUGGAAAAGGAAAAAGACAAAUGCAGCAAACUUGAAACAAAAAGAUAUGGAGGAAUUGAAAACUGACUCAUUAUUAUGUAAAUAUUGUGUUCUACGUUCAGAGCCAUUUGUUGUACGUUUUUGUUCCUAUGUAAAAUGUAAACUAGGACUGGUUUCAAAUCAUACCAAAUUUUUUGCAUCUUUUAAAUAUGUUAUUAGUUUCUAGCCACACCUAUUUACAGGCUGUAACACUAUGUCUAUGCGAAGUAACAUUUUAUGCAAAAGCAGCAAACUGUGAACUAUUUCCCUUGUAGUUAUCUAAUUGUUUUAUUUAUCAAUCAACAUUGUUUCAUUGUUUUUGGCAAUAUUUAGGUUAGAGAUUUAUAAAUGUCUGUUAAACCUGGAGGUAGAUUUCUACUAUGAACUGGUAAUUUAAUCGUAAUUGAAGUUUGACAUAAGCCUUAUUGAAAUUCGACUCAAUAGUUUGAAGUUAUCUUGCUUACCAUGAGAAAAGUGAAGGCCUAAGGUUGAGUGCCGUGCAUAGUUGUGAAUGUGUACUACUUUAAAGGUGGUCCCAAAGAACAAAACAUUUCCCUGGUUUUCAUUAGCUUUUGAUAGGUGAUGUUAACUUAAAGUGGAAACUAUGUCGGAGUCCUUAGUAUUUGUUACUAAUUGUAACUUUAAGUAUUAGUUAAUAAUAUCGAUAAGACUAUGGCAUAUAUAGUGAAAUCUUAGUUGUUUCAUUUUUAGGUACGCACCGUGGCAGCCCGAAUAUACUUCUUUUGACAGUCUAAAUAUUUGCAAUGAGAUGAUAGUAGUUGUUUUCUUUUGUGGUAUUGUGAGAUGUUUUAGCUAAAAGCUUUUUGCACUUAACUGUUAAGUUAGCGACAUCAAGAGUUUGGUGGAUAAUUUUAGUAAAUUUAUUUAAAUAGAGUAGUUCGAAUGUUUAAUAAUUGUUUUAGGGUUUACAUUAAACUUGGAUAGUUGGAGCACAUCUUACAUGCUCUAUAUUAACACCUCUAUUAUGGUAAACUUCGCUGUCCAGUGUGAUGUGACUGAAUGUAAAAAGUGUAAGCUAACCUAAAUAUGGAGUAGCACAUUUGUCUGUUGAAACCACUGAUUAUUCGUUUGACCUGUACAAAAAGAUGCAGUAUCACGUUUUACUGUACACUGUAUUUAGUUUCCAAAACGUAAUAUUAGUAAUUCCUCUGAAGUUACUACUUCAAAUAACAUCGUAGAAUAUAUAAUAUUAUGUGUUUGAUUCCAGUUACUCUAAAUUAACCCUUGUAAUGUAAAAGAGAAUAUAAAGUUUUAUUUUACUUCAUUGUUAAUUAUCUUCAUAUUCAAACAUGUCACUUCAAUUUCAUUAGAGAAAAUGAUAAAUAAAGCAAAGCACUUUAAUGUUUUGAUCAGAUUUUGUGUGGAUUAUUGUAGAGCUAUUGAGUUAUUCAGCCACAUUCCUUCGGAAUAGAUCUAUAGUUUCUAGACGGAUUAUGAAGUCGAAUAUGCAGCUCGUAAAUAAUGUUUGCAAGUUAUAUCUAUAGUAAUUAUUUCAAGAUAGUACGUUUCUUAACCUGGUCGGUGGCCUAUUAGAAUAUGAAUAGGGAAAUAUGGACAGGACUAUUUUAAACUUAUUUGGUAGAUUUUCUCAACAAAUCGUUUAUUGUAAAUGAAUCUGUAAUAUCAAACUUUGAAAGCAUGUUAUCCUAGCCAAGAACUGUCAAGUUCAUUACUGAUUUUCUAUUUUGGAAAAUACUUUUAUCGUUUUGUAUAUUUCACCCGGUUGUAGCUAAUACCUUUUUGUGGUGGUUGGGAUUGGUUCUGAUGAUCCAAUAUAUCGAUUGGAAUAUAUGUUCCUUAAGGUUUUAACACGUCAGGGGUGUUGUUUAGAAGGUUGUAAGAACAAAAGCACUGGACCAGUGAUCAGAGGGCAAAAUCGCACUGUCGACUGUACAGAGAGUGAUGGGAGUAUGAUUUUUUCUUCAGAAAACCUAUAUCUGCAAAGAUUGUGGCUUCUACAACAGUGGCGGGAGGUUAGAAAGAUUCGAUCCAAAUAUAACACCCCAACUUACCCCGAAGACAACUGUUGUCUGUUUUAAGGCCUUCAAAGUAUGGGGUUGACACACUAAAAACUACUUACGAAACGGCUAUGCGUGACUGUCCUCAAUCAAUUGUCCCUUGGACAAUGGGGAUCACUCCUUACGUCUUAAAUGCCAUCGCUAAUCCAGUUUCCUGUUUAGAUCUCCGAAAAAGAAGAGUCUUAUGGUGUAAGUAACCGGGAGUGAUAGUGUCCUCAUAUCUUUAACAGCAAAUUUGAUGACUGACUCUCAUGUAUACCCUUUUUCAACUUUUCUUGAUUAUAUUUUAGUAUUAUUUAUACUGUUGUUAUCAUUAUAGUGUCAUUUUUUAAAAAGUUUUAUUCUUCAAUGUUUCCCUUUAUAUUUUCAGUUCCAAAGUCAUCAAAUAUUUCAUGUAUUUGUUGUAUUGGCUGCCUUAGUACACUUGAAUGGCAUUAUGGAAAUUGCUCAGCAUCGAUUAAGCAAAGGUGGUUGCGAUAAUCAACUGUAAAUGUGCUAAAAUAUCCUCUCUUUAUCCAUUUCAUUUUAUGAAUAUUCUUACUUGUCCAGGACAUUAUCUACCAUAUUACUACUGUGUUUGUUCAUGUAGGAUAUAAUAUAAUCAGGACUGUGUACAGAAAUGUAGAUUUGUAAUUGUUUUUUUUGCCUCGAAUAUACUAAUCAAAUAUUCAAUGGUUUCUUUAGACUUUCUUAUAUUUUAUCGUGAAUUAUUUCAUUCCAAUGGCAUUUUCAGAAUAUAUCAAAUAAUUUAUUUCUUAUCUCUUUCUCUCCAUUUCUGACACACACACACAUACAAUACCUAUGCCUAUUUAUUCUAACGUAACCAAUAAGUAUGUUUUGUUACUUAUUUAUGCAUAUGACUACCUGUUUGUAUACAGUUGUGCAGGUAUGUAAAAAAGCGUUGUUUUCUCUGUUAUUGUUUGCGGUUGUUUCGUUUCAGCAAGGAACAGGUCAUUGUUAUUAUUAUUAUUUUAGAAGGUAUUAGUUUAGUAUUUUGCCUUUAAUUUUCAAUAAAGAAUAAACUGUUUUG